GCCCGGCAGAUGGUUCGCUCCGCGGACACCCAGAUAUAUAGCGCUGUCGAGGGGCGCAUCCCCCUCCGCGCACCCGCCGCACCCCCCCUUCCCCGCCGGCACCGGCGCUGAGCCGACUCCCCGGCGCGCCUUGGCCGUCCGCCCCCUCCGGACCGCCCGCCUCCCUGCCUCCUUCCCGGGGCGAUGUCCGCGGGCUCCGGGAGCGAGGCGGACGAGCUGCCCGAUAUGGACCUGCGGGGGCUGCAGCUGGACUACCCGCCGCCGGCCAAGCGUCAGCCCCGCGGCGAGCUCUACCCCUCGGGGGACAACUCCUCUGCGGCGGAGGAGGAGGAGGAAGAGGAAGACGAGGAGGAGGAGGAUGGAGAGGGCAGCUGUUCGGCGGGGCCGGCGGGCAGCGGCUGCAAGAGGAAGCGGGCGCGGGGCGGCUGCCCCGGGGGCAAGAAGGCGGUGUCGGGGCCGCGGGGGUUGCCGCCCGAGGGGAAGCAGUCCCAGCGCAACGCCGCCAACGCGCGGGAGCGGGCGCGGAUGCGGGUGCUGAGCAAGGCGUUCUCCCGGCUGAAGACAAGCCUGCCCUGGGUGCCGCCCGACACCAAGCUCUCCAAGCUGGACACUCUGCGCCUAGCGUCAAGCUACAUCGCCCACCUCCGGCAGCUCCUGCAGGAGGACCGCUACGAAAACGGCUACGUUCACCCCGUCAACCUGACUUGGCCAUUUGUGGUUUCAGGAAGACCCGACUCUGACAGCAAAGAAGUUUCUACUGCCAGCAGAUUAUGUGGAACUACCGCAUAGUCACAGUAAAUUGUUUUCUUUCUGUUGUUGUUGCUGAUGAUCCUUCUUUUUUUUCCUUUGUAUGGACUGGAUAUUCUUAAGAGCUGUGAUUUAUCGGCUCAAGAUUAGAUGGGGACAAACCCCCAUCUCUAACAGUGUUAAAUCCGUGUCCCUGACAUUCUUUUCCCUUAGAGUUCUAAGGGAAGUUUAUUUAAAGCAGUAAAGGGAGGUGGUUGAAAUUAGAGUUUUUAUGAACUGACUGCAGCAGCUGAAGCCUGAGAUUUGGCUUCAUCAUUCUUGCCACUGCCUGAGGACCUGUUGUUCUGAGGCUCUUGAACUAAUGGAAGAAGAAUAUAACAAUAUAGAAUUAACAGCAUGGACCAAAAUGCAACUCUACAAACUAACCCCAAACAGUAUUAUUUGUAUUCUAAAGCAAAGCAGUAUUUUAAAGUAGCUUUGAAACUCAGAUGUAUAAUAUAUUUUGAUGGCUUUUGUAUUCAUGGAUCUAAUUUACUGCAACUAUGCAGUAAGUAUAGUCAUACUUUUUUUUUUUUUUGUCCUUUUACCCAGAGUUUUCUUAAAUAAAAGUGUUAAGUGGCUACAUUCUGUCCAUUGGAACUAAAAUAAUUCCUUUGGUUAUGUCUUGAAUUGCCACAUGUAAGAGUAUGGAACUAUCCCUAGAAAUGUGGCAGUUUCCUCUUCUUAAUCCAGAAUGGAAUUCUGCUUACCAUAAGGGCAGGGUGCAUGUGUUGUAAAGGGUGAGUUUCUAUGCUGCUGCAAAGUAACAAGAAUUUACAAUGUCUUAAACUUUUUUUUCCUGUACUGUCAUGCUUAUGUUUGAAAAGUUUAUCCUCAAAUGAGUUCUGGUGACAUUUCUUCACUGAUUCAAAGGCUGUAAUAAAAGAGGAUGCCAUCAAAUAAGUUGCAAAUGUAAAUAACUUUAUUUUUUUAUAAAUGACAUUAAAAGCUUGGUUACAAUGA